AACUAUGACAUCAAACUAGUGGGUGAGGUACCCAAGGGUCUACCUAUGCCGGUGUUACCUCGUUUUGAUUUGGUUCCUUCUUUGGUGGUGGAUUCUAUAGCCAUUGCCAUCGUCACCUAUUCCAUUGUCAUGUCUUUGGGUUUAAAUUUUGCCAAAAAACAUUCUUAUGAAGUCCGUCCUAAUCAAGAAUUAUUUGCCAUGGGCAUAGGCAAUAUAGUGGGGGGCUUUUUCCAAUGUAUACCUAUGGCUGCCUCUUUGUCGAGGUCCCUUAUACAAGAACAAACAGGAGGAGCAUCCCUGGCUUCUUUAGUAUCCGCCAUACUAAUAUUGAUGACUUUAUUUUGGACCGGGCCCUUCUUUGCCUUUUUGCCUAGGUGCGUUUUGGCUGGUGUCAUUGUGGUGGCUUUGAAGCCCAUGUUUAUGCAGGCCAAGGAGUUAAAGAAAUUUGCCAAACAAGGCAAAUUGGAGGUAUUAACUGUUGUGCCCUUUAUCUGUGUGGUUCUAAUAGAUAUUGAUAUUGGUCUUUUAAUUGGCAUUUGCGUUUUGCUGACAUUGUACAUCAAGGGCUUGAAACCCUAUUCCUGCCUGCUGGGCUACAUACCCGAAGCUUCAGCGGUCUAUGUAGACAUUAGCCAUCAUCGCAAUGCCUUCGAAGUGCCCGAAACUAAAAUUUUCCGUUAUAUAGGUUCCUGUAACUUUGCUACCUCUCUCUAUUUCCGCAAAAACCUCUACAAUGCCUUGGGCAUGGACAAUGAAAAAAUGCGCCGAGCUUCCUAUAUGCCUUUGGCGCAGAAUGGUUCUCUACCGGCCACCAAUGGCGGCAGUGCUUUUAGUAAUUUAAAUUCAUCCUUCCGUUUCCUGGUGCUAGAUUUCUCUAUGUUGGGUCACAUAGAUGUGGCCGGCUGUAAACUGAUAUCGGAUAUUAAGAAGGAAUUGGAGAAACGUAGUAUACGUAUGUUUAUAGCCAGUCCCUCGGAUAGGGUUUAUGAUACUUUAGUGCAUAGUAUGGCCUUGGGUGAUGGACCCUUUGAAAUAUUCCCCACUUUACACGAUGCGGUAGAGUAUGCAAAUGCCUGUCGUACGGCGUGAUAUUUAGAGAUAAUGCAAAUGUUGUUAGAUAAAUUGUCCUUAUGACAAGUGUGUAGUAGAGUUAGAGUUAAGGAUUAUGUGCUUAAUUUACAGUUAUUCUUUAGGUAUGUUUAGUUUUUGUAAAGUUACUUAAGGGAAAGAAAGAAAUUUUAGCAUACUUUAGGGCGGUUUUAAUAUUAAGCCUUAAGUUAUGUUAAGGAAAAGUUAUAAACAUUUAAUUUAAACGAAAAAUUUCUGUAAAAAAAAACUAAAACAAAAUUUAAAAAAAAAACAGCCAUAAUUUAUAAUUUUCUUAAGUUAAGAGGUAAAAGAAAACAGAAUUUGUAAACGAAAACUUUUAACUCAAUAUUUAUGUUUUUUUAUCUCUACAAGUGCCUGAGUUACAAACUAAACAUUUCUUGUUAAUAAUUUGUUCAAAAAAACAAAACUUAAACUGUAAUAAAGACAACAUUUUAAACUUAUUAUAUUAAAAAAAGAAAACAAAGAAAUAACAUA